AUGCGCUUCCAUCAAGCGCCCCGACCGCUGCUGCAGCUCAUUACAACCAUUCUGCUCAGCCCAAAACCCACACUCGCUUAUCCCAAUGGCUUCUCGCUCAACGAGCUGUUCGGUCGAGCCUGUACACCGUGCGGCUACUACAACCAACUCUGUUGCUCGGCGGGAGAAGCCUGCUAUACCGACGCCAAUUCGAUUGCAUCCUGCACCGCCAAUGGAGGAAGCCAAGCAACAGCGGCCAGUGGAGGGUACUGGCAGUACUAUACCACCACAUACGUCCAGACAGACCUGGAGACAAUCACCAGCACCAUGAGCAGCUACCUCUCAGGCGCUGGCGCCACGGCGGCGGCCACUGCUGGCACCUGCACUUGGGCUCUCAACGAACAGGCUUGCGGAAGUACGUGCUGUAAGAGCGGCGAGUACUGCUUCGAUCCAAACACCAGCGACUGCAGACCAGCAGCUGGUGGUGGAAGCUCUGGAUACUACAGCUCCUACACCAGUGCGGGCAACACAGCAGGCGCUCCAAUUCGGCCGACCAGUUCUGGGCAGACGGUUAUCACUGCGACUGUGAGCCCAACCACCACGGUUCCAUUCUCGACACCCGUCGCAACAGGCGCAAAUGUGACAGUCACAGGAGAACAGUCAAGCGGCGGCGGAGGCUUGUCUGGUGGAGCGAUUGCUGGUAUCGUCAUCGGUGUCCUCGCUGGUAUUCUUCUGCUUGCGUUGAUCUGCUUCUACUGCUGUCUCCGCGGUUUGCUGGAUGGCUGUCUUGCGUGCUUUGGUCUCGGCAAGCGGAAGAGGCGCGUUGAGGUGGAGGAAUAUGAGCGUCGAUCGCACCACGCCAGCGGUGGCGGUGGUGGCAGGACAUGGUACGGCGCGGCCAAGCCAGCCACGAGAGUCGACCGUGAACGGAGAGAAAACCACACAGGACGCAACCUACUCGGUAUUGGGGCUGGUUUGGCAGCCUUGUGGGCCAUCCUGGGUCUUAAGAGAAGGCGGGAAAAUAGGAGGGAUGAGAAGUACAGCGAGUACUCAUACUCGAGUGAUUACUACACCAGUGCCAGUGAGUAA